AUGGCCGCUCCGAGGAGAGUUACUAUCAAGGAAGCGGGUGCAUCGGAUAAUGUUCUUCAACCCCUUCAUGUAACUCACCCCAACUUGAAUGCAAACUUUGAACUCAAGACCGCUUUGAUCAACCUCCUACCUAAGUUCCAUGGACUUCCCGCACAAGACCCUAUUCAACAUCUCAAAUAUUUUCAUCAUAUAUGCUCAACAACUAGACGGGAAGGAUCCGAUGAGGUUGCUAUAUGGUUGUUUGCUUUCCCUUUCUCUCUUGAGGACAAGGCUAAAGAAUGGUUCUACACCCUAUCUAGUGAAGUCACUUCCGAUUGGGACUUGCUUAGAAGAGGAUUCUUGGAUAAAUUCUUGCCCCCGGAAAAGAUGGAUAGGCUAAGGAAGGAAAUGUCAUGUAUUGUACAAGGUGAAACGGAACCACUAUACGAAUAUUGGGAACGGUUUCGUAAGCUACUAGACGCAUGCCCUAAUCACAUGAUUGACACUCAAGUGUUGCUUGGAUACAUAUGUCAAGGGAUGCGAGAACAAGAUAGAACUCUCUUGGACACUUCUAGCAAUGGCUCUUUGUCUAAAUAUAAAACAGCGGAGGAGGCAUGGCAACUUAUCAUCGACUUAGCCGAAUUCAAUCAACAUAUGAGACGAAGAGUCAACCGCCCAAAAACCGUAAAUGAGGGAGGCAUCAAUGCCAUCACCCUAAGAUCCGGAACACAAUUAAAAGAGAAUGGAGCAAAGGAUUCAAAUCUCGUCCUAACCGCUCAAGGGGAGGAGGGAAUAGAUAUAGAAGAGGUAGUGGAAGAGGAGACACCACAAGUCAUAGUUGAGAAUGAAGAAGCUCGACCAACAAAAGAGACCCCCAAGACGAAGAUAACCUUGGAAGAAGAAAUUGCUCAACCACUCCCAUUUCCAACACUUGCAAAGAAAGCUAAGAAGCGCAUAGAGCUCAACCCCAAAAUGAUAGAAAUGUUCAAAAAAGUCAAGGUAACCAUCCCCCUUUUUGAUGCUAUCCAUCAAGUUCCUAGAUAUGCAAAAUUCCUUAAAGAUCUAUGCAUGAACAAGGACAAAAUUCUUGAAUUGGAAACCAUCCCAUUGGGGAGUUCUAUUUCCGCUUUAAUAGGAACAUUGCCUGAGAAGUGUGAUGAUUCGGGCCCUUGUAUGGUCAUUAGCACCGUCAAUGGAGUUCGAUCCCUAGAUUGUAUGUGUGAUCUCGGCACAUGUGUUAGCAUUAUGCCGCUCUCCGUCUACCAAGUAUUGAAGUUACCACCGCUAAAGAGGUCGGCGGCGAGAUUUGUCCUAGCGGAUAAAAGCAUAAUAACCGUAGCAGGUGUGGCAGAAGAUGUAUUGGUGAAUAUUAAAGGGUUGGUAUUUCCGAUUGACUUCUAUGUCCUUGAGAUGCCAUCAAAUGAACCCGAGAGAGCAUCAUCUAUCUUACUUGGAAGACCAUUUUUGAGAACUUCUAGAUUUAAGCUAGACGCCUACUCGGGAACCUACUCAUUUGAGAUAGAUGGGAGAGUCGUGAGUUUUAGCCUAGAAGAAGCAAUGAAGCAUCCACCGGAGAAUCACUCUCUAUUCCGGUGUGACCUAAUCAACAACAUUGUUGCCGAAGUGCACCUUGCAAAGUUGGAUGAGAAGUUCAUCAUUGAAGAAGCAAAUGAGGAUCCAAGCAAACUAAACACCACACACCACACAAACCAUCCGAAAAAGAUGGAAUUGAAGCCACUACCACCCCACCUAAAGUACUCAUAUCUUGAUGAAGCCCACAAGCUCCCCGUGAUAAUUGCAAAAGAGCUAACCCCUCAACAAGAAGAAAAGUUGCUAGAUGUCUUGAGGAAAAACAAAAGGGCAAUCGGGUGGAGUUUGGCGGAUCUAGUGGGAAUAAGCCCCCAAGUAUGCGAGCACCGCAUAUUUCUUGAAGACGGAGCAAGACCAGUCCGACAACCUCAAAGGAGACUUAAUCUAACCAUUCUUGAGGUUGUGAAAAAGGAAGUCACUCGGCUACUUGAGGCGGACAUCAUCUAUCCCAUCUCGGAUAGCGAGUGGGUAAGCCCGGUCCAAGUGGUGCCAAAGAAAUCCGGGGUGACCACAAUCAAAAAUGAAAGCGGCAUUGUUUUGGGACACAUAGUCUCAAAAGAAGGCAUCUCCGUAGAUCCGGCAAAAAUAAAUGUCAUAUCUAGUUUACCUUACCCCUCCUCCGAGAGGGAAGUCCGCUCCUUUCUUGGACAUGCAGGAUUCUACCGGAGGUUCAUCAAGGACUUUAGCAAAGUAUCCUUACCUCUCUCUCGACUACUACAAAAGGACACUGAAUUUGAGCUGAGCAAAGAGUGUAUGGAAGCAUAUGACAAGCUUAAAGUGGCAUUGACACAAGCUCCUAUUGUGCGAGGGCCGAAUUGGACUCAACCAUUUGAAAUCAUGUGCGAUGCUUCGAAUUAUGCGAUAGGAGCCGCAUUAGCACAACGCGAGGGUAAGAUUCCCUAUGUCAUAGCUUAUGUUAUGCUUCCAAAACACUAG